UGUAAGCUUAUACUAGACGCUAGCAUCUCCGUAGCAAUCAGUGGGCUGCUUUCACGAGAAACACAAACUACACAUUUUUUAAGAAUGGUGCAUUUACGCUUUAACUUGUACUCUCUUAUUUAUUAUAGUGGUGUCUUGAUUUCAAUUUUGCGACUGUGUAUAAGUGUGCUCGCCAUGCGGCUGUGGACCGAGUGGCUGAUGGUAGCGGAACGGUGGUCUCGCGAAACCUUCUGACGGCCAGUGUGGCCUCUCUUCCGAGUCAAACGCGUUGCGAUGCAUGUGCAUGAGGGUGGCGGUGGGUCGUGGGCGUGGCCAAGCCACCUGGCAGCCAGCUGGUCUAACUCUUCUCUGCUUAACAGGUGAGGCUGCCGAGCCGUGCUCGGAUGAGCUGCAGCUGCUGGUGGUGGACACCUACUCCCUCCGUGACGUGCCGCCCUCCGAGGAGGCCGGGAAGCACGACAAGCUCCAGGUCAGUGGCGGCGCAGCUCGAGAAGAAGCUGCUGGCUCCGAGGAGGAACGGGAUGAGGACGAGGACGCCCAUCCAGCGCACGAAGAGGACGGGCAUGGGGACCAUCACGAAUCGGAUCCCGGGUUUGAAAACAGUAAAGUCAAGAAGCGUCAUGCGAACUGCAAGUGCGAUGUCUGUGGCAAAACAUUGAGUGGCUCGAACUCAUUGAAGAGGCACCUGAUGGUGCACUCUGGCGAACGACCUUAUCCUUGUAAUGUCUGCCCGAAGACGUUCAGACGAAAGCACCAUCUCGAUGCCCAUGUUGUGUCAUUGCAUUCAGGAAAAAAGACAUACCAGUGUGAUAAGUCUCGGCGUUCUGUCAGAAUUAGUAACUUUGCUCGUCACCAGGGAGUCCACACAGGUGAGCGACCAUUUGAAUGUAAGAUAUGUAAAAGGCGUUUUUCUCUAAAUAUUCAACUCAAUCGUCACCGGAGAGUCCACACAGGUGAGCGACCUUAUGAAUGUAAAACAUGUAAAAGGCGUUUUGCCCGUAAAAUGACCCUUGUUAGCCACAUGAGACUCCACACAGGUGAGCGACCAUACGCAUGUAAUACAUGUAGGAAGCGCUUCACCCAAAAAUGUGCCCUUGUUCGCCACAUG